GUAAAUAAAAUACAACUCUGCUUAUCUCGAUAAGCUAAAUUGUAAAAGACCAUAUAGCACUUCAAUUUUUGGAUAAAAAGACCACUGCCCUCAUCGUCACCAUUACAGAGAGCGUGAGUGAGUGAGAGAGACUGUAAGCCUUUACUUUACCAAACACCAUGGAUGCUGCUGAGAGCUGGUCGAGAACCAAAUGGGUCUUCCAUUUUAUGCUUAUAUUCGCUCAUUUCUCUCUUCUAUCACUAGCUGAAGAUGGUCUGGUGGCCAAUGGUGAUUUCGAGACGCCACCGUCCGGCGGCUUCCCAAGCGAGGCAAUAUCCGAUGGACCCAAUGAGAUCCCCAGCUGGAGCACGAAGGAUACGGUGAAGCUUGUGUCCGCCGGUGAAAAAGUGAGCGGCGGGAUGCUACUCAUCGUACCCCGAGGCAAGCACGCCGUCAGAUUGGGCAACGACGCGGAGAUCAGUCAGGAAGUGACGGUUGAGAAAGGAUCGGCGUACGCGGUUACUUUCAGUGCGGCACGCACUUGCGCGCAGAUGGAGUCACUGAACGUGUCCGUACCACCUGCAUCGCAAACGGUGGACCUGCAGACAUUGUACAACGUGCAAGGGUGGGACCCUUACACGAUUUCUUUUGAGGCGCAGGAGGAUAAAGCCCGGUUGAUUUUUAGGAAUCCGGGAAUGGAAGAUGACCCGGAAUGUGGACCCAUCAUCGAUGAUAUAGCCAUCAAGAAACUCAUCACCCCUGAUAAACCCAAAGACAAUGCUGUAGUUAACAGUGGCUUCGAGUUCGGUCCAUGGAUGUUCCAAAACGUAUCUCUUGGUGUCCUCCUCCCAACCAACCUCGACGAAGAGACAUCGCCAUUACCUGGAUGGAUGGUCGAAUCGAACCGAGCGGUUCGAUACAUUGAUUCCAAUCACUAUGCAGUCCCAGAAGGCAAACGUGCCGUGGAGUUAGUCUCGGGCAAGGAAGGCAUCAUUUCACAAAUGGUCGAAACCACACCAAACAAGCUAUACAGCUUGACCUUUUCAUUGGGCCACGCUAGGGACAAAUGCAAGGAACCACUAGCUGUCAUGGCCUUUGCUGGAGACCAAGCACGAAAUUUUCACUACACUCCGGACUCCAACUCUACCUUCCAAGUCGCUAGUGUCAACUUCACGGCCAAAGCCGAGAGAACACGAAUCGCAUUCUACAGCGUGUAUUACAAUACCCGAACAGACGACAUGAGCUCAUUAUGCGGUCCGGUGGUGGAUGAUGUUCGUGUUUGGUUUUCGGGGUCCAGUAGAACUAAGGUUCAAACAUUGUUAGGGCUUGGACUUGCCUUUUCGGCUUACCUUUUGGUUUUGGUUUAGAGUUCGAAAACUAAGGUAAAAAGGGUAAAGUUAUGCAUUUUGGCUUAAAUUUUAAGGCAUUGUAUUGUAUUGUAAUUGCCAGCAAAGGCAAAGUAUGUAUCGCCAAGUUUCCAAUGUAUCCUACCUUGUUUUUGGAGCUUUGCUUUGAGCAAAGGAAA